AUGGCUCCGGUCUACCACUGCACUGCUUCAGACGGUAACAAAACCAUCUACAUCCACGCAGGAUGCCCAGAGAAAGGCCGCCUCGCCGACCUAUGGUCCUUCAACAUCGAGUCAAAGACAUGGAAGGAGCUCGCUGCAGCACCUCCCCCAGCACGCGGCGGCGCGUCCAUUGCCUUUUCCGGAGGCAAGUUAUACCGUAUCAAUGGCUUCGAUGGCACUUCCGAGCAAGGCGGUUCUCUUGAUGUCUACGAUCCCGCUUCCGCUGCGUGGUCUACGAUUACCUACAAGCCGGAUGGUGUUGAGGGCCCCGAGGCGCGAAGUGUAUCAGCGCUCGUCGCGGUUGAAGUGAGCGGUAAGCCGUAUCUUGUGACGCUGUUUGGCGAGCGUGAUCCUAGUUCGUUGGGUCACGCUGGUGCUGGAAAGAUGCUCUCGGACGUGUGGGGUUUCGAUAUUGAAGCCAACAAGUGGGAGAAGGUCUCGUUCGAGGGGGAUGCGCCCCCGCCGAGGGGUUGGUUUGAUGCAGACGUGGUGGUUGAUGGAGUAAAGCAGGCUGUGGUUGUUCACGGAGGUCUUGCGGAAGACAACUCGAGGUUGGGAGACAUCUGGAGGCUCGACUUUGUCUAG